AUGGAAGGAGAAUUGUGCAAUUUGGUAAUGACUCAUUCACUACAGAUUCUCUCGGCACUCGUAGCCACAGUAUACACGAAACCCCAAGGCUACAAUUUGGCCUCGCCAUCGGAAAGCGGAUUCUCCCAUGGUGGAAGUCACUCAUCUGGAAAUGGCUUCUCUAGUGGCGGCGGAGCCUCCGGUGGAGGAUUCCCAAAUGAUGGUGGAGUCUCUGGUGGAGGAUUCUCAAGUGGCGAUGGAAUCUCUGGUGGAGGUUUCUCCGAUGGAAGUGGUAGCGGUAGCGAUGGUGGGUGUCGUGAUGGAGAGAUCCUGCAUGUGGAUGGAUCUUGCGUAGUUCCUGUAAUCACGAGAAACGUUUUCCUGUAUGUUGCUCCUGAACAACCUCAGCAACCAAGCGGUCUACCACCAAGUGUCCCACCACCAAGAGUUGACCAUAACAUUCUGUUCGUGCGUCUUCCUGAAGGAGAAGUAGGACCUGAACCCAUCAUUGUUCCUCCAACAAGGCAAGAGAAUAUCGUGUAUGUCUUGAACAAAAACGACGGAGAAGGAGGCCAGCGAGUAAUCGAGGUUACUGCUCCUCCAGCUACCAAUCCUGAGGUUUACUUUGUUAAUUACGAAGAGGGAGAGAACCCAACUCUUCCUAUUGGUGUGGAUCUUGAGACUGCUCUUAACGCUGCCGCUAGUGCUGGUGGUCAAGUGAUCGGAGGCGCCGGAGGAUCAGGUAGCUUUGGAGGGGAUGGAGGAUUCGACGGCAGUGGGGCAGGUGGUUUCGGUGGAGAUGGAGGAUUUGGCGGUAGUGGAGCAGGUGGCCUUGAAGAUCGAGGAUUCAGCGGUGCAGGUGGAGUAAGUGGAGGAUUCAGUAGUGCAGGUCGAGUAAGUGAAGGCUUCAGUGGCUUAAGUGGAGGAACCGGAGACUUUGGCGGAAGUAGAGCAGGAAGUAGUGGAGAAUUUGGAGGGAGCGGAAGCAGCGGUGGUUCUCCGUCAACCCUAUAUUCUGGCCCUUAA